AUGUACAGAGUGCUGACAUUUCAUUUCAAUGUUGGUCAUUGAGUAUCGCGGUAAUGGUUUAUUAAACUCUGUUAUUGACAACUUACCGUUUGAAUUACAUCUACCAUUUUAUCAGUACUGUGGUCCUGGUACAAAAUUGAAAAAACGACUAGCGAGAGGUGAUACAGGUAUCAACGAGUUGGACAAAGCCUGUAAACGACACGACAUUGCCUACGAGGAAAAUAAAUCGCUGCAGGAUAGACACAAGGCAGACUUUGUUUUGGAAAACGAGGCGUGGAACCGUGUAAAAUCCAAGAACGCUAAUUUGGGUGAAAAAGCAGCCGCGUGGCUUGUAACAACGGGAAUGAAGAUAAAAAGGAAGCUCGGAAUGGGUCAUCGCACACAACACCAAUCAAAAAUUUCAUUCAAGAAAGACAUUGUCGACAAAAUCGAUAAAAAGAUUUUAAAAUCGGUCGACAUAAAACCAGGUAGCAAGUCACUACGAAAAAUCGCUGCAGCGGCAAUAAAAAUAGCCAAAGUCAACACUAAACGAAUUGGGGGUCGAAAAAACGUGAAGAUACCUAGAACAAUUCCGUUUAGUUCGAAACAAGGAGGAAUUCUGCCAUUACUGCCAAUUCUCGCUGGUUUAUCAAGUCUUGGAGCAUUAAUGGGUGGUGCUGCCGGUGUGGCAAAAACAAUAGUCGACGCGAAAAAUGCAAAGAAGAAUCUAGAUGAACAGAAACGACACAAUCAACGCAUGGAGCAAAUAGGAAAAAAGGGUAGUGGAUUGUACUUACGAAAAAACCCAAAAGGAGGUGUUUUUAUGCGUGACGCUCUACCUUUGUAUCCUAAGAAAAACGAAAGUGCCGUCGUGAACCUGGACGAUUCAACAAAUUUCGGAACUCACUGUAUUUGUUACGCAAAGAGAGGAAAUCAAGUCAAGUAUUAUGAUAGUUUUGGGGAUUUACGACCGGCGUUGGAGAUAAUUCAAUACAUGGGAAAAAAUUGUCAAAUUUAUUACAAGUUGGAUCCCGAAGUACAGUACGGGCUCGCCUUAAUUGGAUUUCAUUCGUACAACAGUAUUCCGAAUAUUGAUUCAAAUUGUAAUACGUUUAACUACCGGAACAUAGCCAAUCGUAUCGGAUAUAUAGAAAUCCCCGAGGGUGCAUAUGAAAUAAGUGAUAUUGAAAAAUAUUUACGAAAGAGAAUUAUUCAAGAUUCCAUUGAAGAUGAGUUAGCGGAAGGAAAGAUUUUAUCGAUAAAACCUAACCAUAACACCCUCAAGUGCGAAAUAUAUAGCGAAACACUUGCAAUUGACUUGCACACCGUCUUCUGUUGGGAAAUUGUUGGGUUUUUCGGCAAAACUUCUAGAAACAGGAACACUUUACGAAUCUGA